CUGCAGCUGGCCUGAUGUUCAAAAAACCUGUGAGGAAGUAUUAAGUGGCCAACUUCGGUCAGGCGUCAGAUCGUCAAAUCUAGAUAAAUCUGUACAGACAUUUACAUGUAUGCAUGAGUUUUAUUAUCCUGCAAAUAAUCUGUAGGGUCUGCAAAUUACUCCAGCGCUUUCGAUGCAGCUAAUUUUAGGUUUAUGAUUAAAUAAUAUAGAUUUGCCGUAAGAUUUCUUGCAUGAGGGUCUGAACGCGUGAGAGUUGGCAGCCCUGACCCCGGGUGAUCAGGGUGACUUGCUGAGUCUAAGCCGUAAAAAGCCCUGAACUUCCAUGGAAAUCAGUAGGAUGUUCCCAUGCACGGCGGGCUCUCGGGCGGGCAUAUCUGCCGGCAGGAAGAGCGGCGACCUCCGAGACCCGCAGACCACUCGCUACACCGCAGAGCGGCCGGAGAAACGUUCGGCCCGCGGCUGACGGGGACGCGGGGACGCCGGAGCGCGCAGCCGGCUUCCUCUUGGCGUUACAGGCGAGCGGCGGCCACACCCUCCGCCGCUUCCUGACAUGUAAGAUGUAGCGGGUGCCCAGCAGCGUGGCUGUGGAUCGCGGCGCUGCGAGGCUUACUCGGCUCGGCGAUCCGGGUGAAAGUUGCCGAGGGAAGGGGGUGGUUCUGCUUUCGGAACUGGCACCGGUUCCACGGGGUAGCCGAACCCAAGUAAUGGAUACCAAAAGCGAAAGUCUGCGGCUGCGGGCGGCAUGAUCAUGCGGAGAUAAGACAUGCACAUGGAACUGCGACUGCAGACGGACCCAUUUCUGCUUACGGGACUGUGCAUGAAAAAGAGGAGUCUGGAAGUCAAGCGGUGACCGCCGCGUCUGAGCCGCUGUCGGUGGCUCUUCUUUCGGUGGAUUGAUGGGGCGACGUUGAGGGGCAAAGCCGGGGGAAGUCGCGUCCUUAGCGGCAUGAAGCUGCGUCCCGGUGACUCUAACGGCAGGAUGGUCGAGACCCACCCCAGGCACAUCAAUACGCGGCAGUGAAGAGAAAACUGCACAGACAGGUAUUCCCAUUAAGUAGACGGGAAUCGAGAAGACCAAUAAGUUAAACGCCGAAUAUAAGUCGGAUAUACAUUCUAAAGUUAUAAAGACAGUAUUCGCAUAAACUGAGAUGGCAUUGGGAUUCACAGUGAUAUCAACCAGGCCAGUGUAAUUCCUUGUAUUUAGCAAAGUUUAAUCUGUGAAUAUUUCUGUUUUUGCAAACAGAUCGAUAUCUGUAAAUAUAACAUUUAGUGUGUAACUAACCGUAGCUAAAAAUGUGAUAGAUGUUGCCAUUUUAAUAUAUAGAUAAAAAGAGUUGGAAAUGAGCUUAAAUAUGCCGAAAGCUGCUUUUCCGGUGUAGACAUCCAUCAAGAAAAAAACGGGGGAUGCUAAGGAUGAUAGACUCCCUUUUGCCGUUUAUUACCAGAGACAGUAACGGAAAACUGGCGAUUAUAGUCAGCUACUGGCACUGAAGGUUGAUUUCUUUUUCAGUUCUGCGUUACAGCACAGCAUAUGUACUCUGAAAGACUCCAAAGGAAAUUUCUUGGUAAACUAUUUUUUUGAGAUAGUCGAGCAAGAGCGCUGCCUUUUAGUAGCAGAAAUGUCUUAAAGUACUAGUUGUCGCAAAGGAAUGUGAGGUUUAAUUGUUUUUUUAAAAAAUAUAUAAAUAAAAAAAACACAGUAGAUCAGUUUGAUCACCCUGUUAUGGCUAGUGGGGGCUCGGGGAAGCUAUGUAGCGAGGGAUCGGCGCCCAGUCCAAGCAGCAGCCUUCCACACCGGAGGCGACUGUCCUCCAUCUGCGACAGCUGUAAGGGCCGUAUGCAGCUGGUGGCUGAUCUGCUCCUGCUGUCCAGCGAGACGCGCCCGGUGGCAGGUGCCGAGGGACUGCCGGUGGCUGAGACCUUCGAGCAGUGCCGGGACACCGUCAUCGCCAGGACCAAAGAGCUGUCCAUCUUGACGCACGACAUCCAGAGCCAUCUCAACAUGGGCCGCUAUGGGGAGGCGGGCGACCGGCUGCUGGAGAUGGCAGACUUGGUGGUCUCGCUGACCGAGUGGUCUGCGCACGCUGCGUACCUCGCCGCCACCGAGGCACCGGGCUCCCUCGCUGCCCUGCAGGGCCUGGUGGACCGCUACAAGGUGACGCGGUGCCGGCAGGAGGUGGAGCAGAGCUGCGGCGUGCUCAGGACCGCCGCCCUAGCUGAUCUGACCCCCCAGCUCCUCCUGGAGGUCUCCCAGAGCAUCUCCAGGAACCUGAAGAUGCUGACCGACGCCUCCGUCCUAGCCAGUGAGAGAUCCAAGGAGCGCUUCGCCAAGGAGCAAUUCAAGCUGGGCGUGAAGAGCAUGAGUGCCAGCGCCUCGGCCCUGCUGGCCUGCGUCCGGGAGCUGAAGAGCAGCCCCAGUGAGACGGCGCGGGCGCGCUGCGUCCUCUUCAGUGGGCCGCUGCUGCAGGCCGUUCACGCCCUGGUGGGCUUCGCCACCGAGCCCCAGUUCCUGGGUAAGGCAGCCUCCGUCAGCGCUGAGGGGAAGGCGGUGCAGACGGCCAUCCUGGGGGGCGCCAUGAGCGUGGUCGCCGCCUGCGUCCCCCUCACCCAGGGUCUCAAGGAGCUUGCCCAGCUGCCGGAGAACAGCGGCAAGACGGCAGAGUGCCGGGAGCGGCUGCGCAGCUCUGCCUGCGCAGUGUGCGAAGGCUGCACCCUGCUCUCGCAGGCUCUGCGGGAGCGCGUCUCCCCUAGGACCUUGCCACCAGUUAACUCUCAUCCUGUGAAUUAAACCUUGAGCAAGUGGAGGUGUGUCACCCCUGAGGGUGAGAGUGACUGGCAGAAAGUCUGGUGGGGGGGGCUGGGGCCGGCCAUUCCCCAGUCUGUUCCUGGUUUUAGGGUCUGCCCUCACACUGCAUACAACUGAAGCUUCUCCAGACCCGAGACCUGGAUUACCCCACCCUGUCGAGUCCCCUCCUCGUCACGUUUGAGGUCAGUCGGGAACAGGAACGUUUACCUCAGUUUUCUGCCAUUUUAAAGAUGACAGACUCCUGGAGCAUGUCCAAGCGAUCUCCAGAAGGACAGUGUCUCCGUGUCCCUCUGUAAGUUCGGAAGGGUUAAAGCUGCUGUGAUUGCAUUCUCUGAAUUGUUACACUAUUUACCAGACUUACACAUAUUUGUAAUGUGUUUUGGUCAUGCAUGUAUGGGCUAUUUAUUUGUACUAUUAAAACAUUGGUCUCCCGUUGAAUGCAA